GAAGGCGGAGCCAAAGCUACAGAGGGAAGGGGGUGACGCACUAGUGAUUGUUUAAGCCAGGCCCAGAGAUUGUCGCCGGAAUCCCCCUCUUAACCGCACUGGUGAGAAUAGGGUCCAUGAUGCUGCCUACGGUCUUAUACAAUGUGGCAUUUUGGCUGGCAUUGGGAUGGACUCUGUCAUCUGCUCAUAGUCCUCGGACGCCAGACCGAGUCUCAGAAGCAGAUAUUCAGAGGUUGCUCCAUGGGGUGAUGGAACAACUGGGCAUUGCCCGGCCUCGAGUAGAAUAUCCUGCUCAUCAGGCUAUGAAUCUUGUGGGUCCACAGAGCAUUGAAGGUGGUGCCCAUGAAGGUCUACAGCAUUUGGGUCCUUAUGGAAACAUCCCUAAUAUUGUGGCUGAGUUGACUGGUGAUAACAUCCCCAAGGACUUCAGUGAGGACCAGGGCUAUCCGGAUCCCCCAAAUCCCUGCCCCAUUGGAAAAACAGUAGAUGAUGGAUGUUUGGAAAACUCCCCUGACACCGCAGAGUUCAGCCGAGAGUUUCAACUACAUCAACACCUUUUUGAUCCUGAACAUGACUAUCCUGGCUUGGGCAAAUGGAACAAGAAGCUUUUUUAUGAAAAGAUGAAAGGUGGACAGAGACGGAGGAAGAGGAAUGUGAACCCCUAUCUGCAAGGGCAGAGACUGGACAAUGUGGUGGCAAAGAAGUCUGUGCCUCAUUUUUCAGAUGAGGACAAAGAUGAAGAGUAAAGUGAAGAAGAUUAAAGAAUACAGAUGCAGCCCAUUAUAUCAUAAUAUUGCUUACGUGUAUUGACUAUUAAAAUCCUAGUGAAUGGCAGCAUGUUUAUUGUUUAUAUAAUUAUGGAUGAAAAGCAGCUGUAUUUAUGACAUUGAGUUGUCAUAGAUAAAGAAAAGAUGUCUCUGCUUUCUGUUAAAUUAUUGUAAUAGGAGCUUUGAGGAUAUUUUGUUUCAGGCCUGGAAUGGGCUUCCAAAUUAAAGUGAUUUUGAUAGCUAGUGUAUACAUCUACAGUCAUAAAAAGCAAGACCAUAAAAUUUACUCAGUUUGGUGGUAGUUUAAAUGAUGUUUGGGAUCUAGUUUGAUACCUGUUACUCUAAAAAGCAGAGUUUGAUUUUGAUUAUUUAGUUCACCAAGCCCUAUACCCCAAUAAAUAUUAUUUUACUCAUGAGAAGUAGCUGAUGCUUUCCACUUGGCUCUAUCUUAUAAGUAGGCCUACAUACUACCAUGUGUAUAAGGAUCUUUAAAAGUGCACUUGGUUUCUAUUCUGCUGUUCAUUGACCUAAUAUCACAAACUGCAAGAAUUUUCCCUUAACCAGAUGACUGAAGAGAUGUGUAGCUUUCUUUCAGGGUAGACAUUAGAAGUUUGCAAAAUGACUUGAACAAACACAUUAGAGGUGAAAGUAAAGUGGUGGGCUUAUGGCAACAAUUCUAUAUAUAUUUCAUUUAAGCUAGAAUUGUUUCCUGAUUCUUCAUCUGCUAAAUGGAACUUGGCCCUCUGAUCAAUUUUGACCAUUAGGAAGGUUGCUAAAGUAAAAUCCUUCAACUUAGAGUUCAUGGUAGAUAAAAUAAAACUGAACGCUGUAUCCUAUAUUAUAUGAGAACUGAUUACAAAGAAUUCAGAAAAAAAAGGAUACAUAGAGUGAAUGAUUUAAAAUCUACAAUGGAAGUAUGGAUAAUUCUCUCAAAAAUAAAAUUCUUGGAUUUGAUUUUCAGGAAAAUUAUUGCACACACUAAUAAUGGAAUGUUUAUGAGAACAUAGAAAAGAAAGGGGCGAUCAGUAAGAGUCAAUAUUGGCUCUUCAAGAGCAAGUGAUGCCAGUUUCACAAUAUUACUUUUUUGACAUAAUUACUCUACAAAACAAACAAUAUAAUGUUAUAGUAUCAUAGUCGCAAUGUAUUUGGAAUUAAGCAAUGCAUUUGAUGUAAUUCCUCAUGUUAUCUUUGUAGGAUAGAUGGUGAUGUGGACUUUAUACUUAGAUAGAUUUGGAACUGGGUGAAUGAUCAGAAUGAGCAAAAAGGGAAUUAAUGGGUCAAUGUUAACCUGGAGGAAAGUUUCUCUUAGAAUACUGCAAGGUUUCGUGCUUGGUCUUGAAAGCUUGGCCAUUUUUAUGAGAUUUGGAGAAAGGCAUACAUGACAUUAUUGGAUUCAGCUAACAUUUGGGAUGACAGAAUACAAAAAUGAUGUUUUGGAUCUAAACAGAGUCCAAAAAGGUCUUAAUGAAAUGUACAAAUCUGAUGUAUUAAAAUUGAAGAGGGAUUGAUUAAAAAAAUCCUAUAUUUGGACUAAAAAA